AUGAAUAAAGAAGACGACUCGCCAUCUCAUGUUUCUUAUGUCUCCUCGAUAGACAAGUACAUGAAACGAGCAGAAGCCUUAAAGCAAAAGGCGAGAGCCAAUUUGCUCAAGUUGGCUAACCAUAUCCUCAAAGAGCUGGCCUACGACUUGGAAGACCGUGAGGAAGAAUUACAAGAAAUCAUGGAAGAUAUCGAAGCGGAUCGAAUCGAUAAGGAAGACCUUGACGAUUUAAAAUAUACCAUGUCAGAAUUGGCUGAAUUCAUUGACAAUAUGGAAGCAGAAAUAGAUGUCAUUCGCGAGUUGAAGUGCGGUUUAGGUUUCGAGGAAGACUUGCAACGCUUUUGCAUCAAAGACAUUAAGGACGAAGAUCGUGCUUGGUCUUUCAAAGAAGCGAUGAAGGACUAUAACCAGUCUGAGAGAGAUGCUGACAGCGAGCAUGAAGAGGGUGAGGAUGCUGAUAAAACAAAUCAAACGAUAAGAAAAGAGCCUCCUCAUACUGCUGAAAAUGCCGCUCAUUGA